GGCGGGAGGCAGGUGGCGCAGCGGCGGCGGCGGCGGGGGGCAGGAGGCGGAGGCAGAGCGCGCGGGGCGGGGGCCGCGGGGCCCCGUGAGACUCUCGGGCGAGCGCGCGGCGUUAGAGCCACAGGCGCGGCGGCUGGACCCGGCGCGGGCCGCGGAGGCCGGAGACCGCCCCGGGCGGGGUGCGCGCUUUGUUCCCGCGCGGGGUGGCCGGAGCCGAGUCCCCGGCAUGGCCCAGGCGGCCGCCCCGCGCGCCCCAGCCCCGCCGCGCGCCUGAGCCCGGUGCGGCGCCAGAAGACAGCGCGCAGCCGCCCCUGAGUCGUGGAGGCGGGGACCAAGCUGGAAGGAGCAGCGACUCCCGGACCGAGUCGCGAGUGUGCGCCGUCCGCCGCCCCCCGGAUCCCCCGAUCCCUCGGACCCCCCGACCCCCCAGUGGACAGGAAGGCUAAGGCCUCAGCGAUGCCGGACUCCCCAGCGGAGGUGAAGACGCAGCCCCGGUCCACACCCCCCAGCAUGCCGCCCCCACCGCCUGCCGCGUCCCAGGGGGCCACACGCCCCCCCUCCUUCACGCCACACACACAUCGAGAGGACGGGCCUGCGACGCUGCCCCACGGCCGUUUUCAUGGCUGCUUAAAAUGGUCUAUGGUCUGUCUCUUGAUGAACGGCAGCAGCCACUCGCCAACAGCCAUCAACGGUGCACCAUCCACACCCAACGGCUUCAGCAAUGGCCCGGCCACCUCGUCCACAGCUUCCUUGUCCACACAGCACCUGCCGCCGGCCUGUGGGGCCCGGCAGCUCAGCAAGCUCAAGCGCUUCCUCGCCACACUGCAGCAGUUUGGCAGCGACAUCUCCCCAGAGAUUGGGGAGCGCGUGCGCACGCUGGUGCUGGGCCUGGUGAACUCAACACUGACGAUCGAGGAGUUUCAUUCCAAGCUUCAGGAGGCCACCAACUUCCCUCUGCGGCCGUUUGUCAUUCCCUUCCUGAAGGCAAACCUGCCCUUGCUGCAGCGGGAGCUCCUGCACUGUGCACGCCUGGCCAAGCAGACGCCCGCCCAGUACCUGGCCCAGCAUGAGCAGCUCCUGCUGGACGCCAGCGCCUCCUCCCCCAUCGACUCCUCAGAGCUGCUGCUGGAAGUCAACGAGAACGGCAAGAGGAGGACGCCCGACAGGACCAAAGAGAACGGGUCAGACCGCGACCCGCUGCACCCCGAGCACCUCAGCAAACGGCCAUGCACCCUGAACCCUGCCCAGCGCUACAGCCCCAGCAACGGGCCACCGCAGCCCACGCCGCCGCCGCACUACCGCCUGGAGGACAUAGCCAUGGCCCACCACUUCCGAGACGCCUACCGCCACCCAGACCCCCGGGAGCUGCGAGAGCGCCAUCGGCCGCUUGUGGUGCCUGGGUCCCGGCAGGAAGAAGUGAUCGACCACAAGCUCACAGAGCGUGAGUGGGCAGAAGAGUGGAAGCACCUGAACAACCUCCUGAACUGUAUCAUGGACAUGGUGGAGAAGACGCGGCGCUCGCUCACGGUGCUGCGCCGGUGCCAGGAGGCCGACCGCGAGGAGCUCAACCACUGGGUGCGGUGCUACAGCGACGCAGAGGACACAAAGAAAGGCCCCAGUCCCGCCACGGCCCGGCCCCGCAGCAGCUCCGCCGGUCCUGAAGGGUCUCAGCUAGACGUGCCUCGGGAGUUCCUGCCAAGGACCCUCACCGGCUACAUGCCCGAGGACAUCUGGAGGAAGGCUGAAGAGGCCGUGAAUGAGGUGAAGCGGCAGGCAAUGUCAGAGCUGCAGAAAGCCGUAUCAGACGCAGAGCGCAAAGCGCACGAGCUCAUCACCACGGAGCGUGCCAAGAUGGAGCGGGCCCUGGCCGAGGCGAAGCGGCAGGCCUCCGAGGAUGCCCUGACGGUCAUCAACCAGCAGGAGGACUCCAGCGAGAGCUGCUGGAACUGCGGGCGGAAAGCCAGUGAGACGUGCAGUGGCUGCAACGCGGCGCGCUACUGCGGGUCCUUCUGCCAGCAUCGGGACUGGGAGAAGCACCAUCACGUGUGUGGCCAGAGCCUGCAGGGCCCUGCGGCUGUGGUGGCUGACCCGUUGCCUGGACCGCCUGAAGCCGCCCACGGCCUGGGCCCCUCCCUGCCUGUCGGUGCUGCCAGCCCCAGCGAAGCCGGCUCUGCGGGGCCUUCUCGCCCCGGCUCCCCCAGCCCACCUGGCCCACUGGACACCGUGCCUCGCUGACCCCACUGGCCCCCAGCCUGCUGGACACAGCACCGUGCCAACCCCACCCAGCUCCAGGCCCGCGAGACGCCGUGCCUGGCCUCCGAGGCCCGGCCUGCCAGACACUGCGCCCCACCUGACCUGGGGGAGCCGACCAAUUAGAGUCACUGCUGCUACUGCCCCUCUCCAAAAGAAGACACAGAACCAACAAAACCGCAUUCAAUGCACCUGCCUCAGCUACCUAAUGAUUCUGCGCAGAGACCUCCUGACAACCUCUCUUCAAGCAUCCUCAGAAGCCUCGACUGAGCUUUAGACAGCAGAGCAGAUGCCACAGGCGCGGUGGCUCUGCCCACCUCUCUCUCUUUCUUUUCCUCUCUCUGUCUCUCCCCUUCUGUCUUCUCCAUCCUCUCUCUCUCUCUAUGACUAUCACACACUUUUUCUUCAAUGAAAAAAUCAAAUUGGUGGCUUAUAUUUUCAGCAAAGAAUUUUGGGGGGUUUUGUUUGUUGGCAAAAGAGCUACUCAGAAAUGGACAAAGAAAACUGGGGGGGGGGUUCUCCCCCUCCUGAUUAAAAAGGGAGAAAGAAAACUGCGAUUUUAUAGCUGGAGAUCUGAACCCAGCUGUGCCCCUCCCCCAGGGGCGUGAGGCUGAUCAGCGAAGACUCAAUUUCUGACUCAAGAAGCAUUUUUGGUUUCAAAUUUUUUUUUUCCUGUCAUGGUAAACUCUUUGGCUUUAAGUAAAAAUCCAAAAAGUUUUUUUUAAAAAAGCAAAGGAAGCAUACUUGUGAACUACCUUGCUAGCUAGCCAGCCAAGGAUACCGGACACACCUCUGCUCCAAAGGAAAUCCAAAAAAGCAAACACAAGAAAUCAAAAUCCAAAAUUUGUUUGUCACUGCCAAAGUAUUUUUUUCACUGUUUUACUUGCUCUUGGGUUUGUUUGGAUGUGGGUCUUUUUCUCUUCUGUUUUGGUUUUGUUUGUGGGUGUCGGGAUAUUGGGGUGCAGAGGGUUUGUGCCCAGUGAGAAGCGACUUUUGUUCUCUUCUGCAUAGGCGUUGGUGCGUCCGCCGCAUGUGCGCGGUCCGUGUGCCGUUGCUCUGGCCUGCGUCUCCGUGUGUGUAGGAAAGGACACGCCGUCUGUCCUCACGCCCCCUGUGACUUUUCAUAUUUCCUUUUUCCACUUGUGGAAAAAAAGUGCUAAAGUUUUCUUCCCAGAGAGAGCAUAAUUCCGAAACAAAACUGUGACAAUCUUUUGGGUUGAUUCUCGACUGCUUUUCGAGCAUGCGGAGCCAGCAGGGCUCCCUGAAACACUGCUUCUCGGCCAGCCCAUCCUCUACCUCUCUCCUCUCCGCACCCUCCGACCUCUCUCGGCCCCAUCGCCCCAACUCCGACCUCUCUCGGCCCCAUCGCCCCACCGCAGCUACUCCCCCUUCUUCCAAACUUUUGCAGAAAAAACAAAAAAACUACAAACAAAAGCAGCCCUCUGCCUACUCCCCAGGGAAGACCCUGACCGUGUACAUAGCCCUGGUGCUCCUGCCCAGCCACCCCUCAGAUGCGUUCGCCUCUGACCCUGGGGUGUGUCUCAGUGAUGUUUUCUAUCAGACGUGCUCCCUCCCAUCCUCCUCCACUCCUCUCAACUGCCUCAGCGAUUUCAAGAAGGAAAUAAAGGGAUAAAGAAAUUCAUGCUUGCACCGAGUGCAAGGACAGACAGCAGGCAUGGCCCGCGGCUUGGCAUCUGUGUGCGUGGCUAUCAGGAGUUCCAGGAACUCAGUGCAAUACAGGAGUGACCCAGCUACUGAACUGGCCGCGAACGGCCCGCCAGAGGCCCGAAGCUGAGAGUGUACGUUAAUGUGAAUGUAUAUAGUCUUUGCAGAGGUCCAAAUAAUAUUCAUGAUGGUAAUAAACAAGAGAUGUUUGCCAAAUAAAAAACAGAGAAACCGCGGGAGUUUGCGAAGUGUAGGAAACAGAUUUUCAAAGAAAUCCAAACCGUGGCCCCGAGGGGAGGAGCGGUUUGCCUGCUGGUAGUUUUUUCACGGUGGUAAAAAUCCAUUCUUUGAGCAUCGUAAGGAUGGAUCCUGUCGGGUCACCACCAGUCAGGUACCGUCUGGAAGCAAGCCUGACAACAGAAACCUCGUUCGGAAAGUCAAGAUAGAUCGAGUCUGUCCUCCAGACAGUGCCCUGGCUCCGGCACCACCUCCACUCCUCAGUGACAGGCCCAGCAAGCUCACCAAGGUUUGUUUUUGUGGGUUUCAGAGAAGCAAGGACCGGUCUGGGAUUUGGGCUCUCGGUUAAGUGGCAGAAGCCCGCCUCUCUUCCUUCCAGGGCUGCGGUUCUCCAGCUCCGAACCCACACAGCAGCGGCAGCGGACACGCCCGUGCCCACGAAGGGGACCUGCCUCCCUCGGAGGUAUGCGUCCUGGGACUCUUCUCAUCUGUCUCUCCCACUGGGGCUCCAUCUUGUCCCCACCUACACUCCAGUGCCCUUCCAGGUGGGCAGGGCAGUUGGCUGUGGUGAUCAAAGGCUCUAGGGGACAGGAAAUGGGCACGGUGCUGUGGGGUAAAUUGAGUCAGGCCCUCCAAGGCUGUGCAGGUGAACCGGUAGUCUCUGUAGAGGGCCGAGCCCCAGGGCAAGUGGACCCAUGGGCAGCUUCCCUGGUUACUCAGGUCCCUGGGGUCAGGACUGUAGUGGGGAGCGUGGAGGAGGCACGAGUUUACUUUGUGGGCAAAAGCCUCCUCUUUUUCCCUCCCCUCCCUGGAUCCUUCUUUGGGGACACACAGGCGUACCAGGGACAGUGGCACCUGCACCUGCUGGCUGCAUCGAUCUGGCCAGCAGCCUCCAGGGGCCAGACCACAAAGCUGAGGGUGAGACAGGCCCUCCCACCCCAGAUCUUGGGAAGGGGUCAGCCCUCGAGCCAAAGAUGAAUGCCAUCUGCCCUGCGUUGCCCUCACCGUGCACCAAGCCACCCUCAGCACGAGUGCAAAACUGGCCAGAGACCAGGCAGAUGGAACCGCGCAGCCGAGGGCCACAUGGAAUCGGGACAGCUGGGAAAACUGAGGCCCGGAGACAGAAGAGGGGGAUGUCCUGGGUGCGAUGUGUCAGGGAACCCUGGGCGGGUGUUGGCCAGAUCACAUGAAGCAAGGCAGCUCCCACCCAGGGAGGCUCUGGGGCCCCCUCGGAUGCUUCAGAGGCCUGUCUUUCUGUAGCUCAUAUGCCCGGGCCCUGGUGGCCAAAGACCUCACAGCAAACCAGGCGGAACCUAUAGCUCUGGGGAGGGGACGGGGAGAGGCGGCAUUCUUGUGUUAGGGGUGGUCCUCUUGGUGGCCAUGAACACCCACGCCCAUGGUUCCGACCUGCAGUCUGCACCUGCAGGCCUCUGCCUCUCUUCCGCCAGGCAGAGGGGGGUCUGGACAGAGGGUCUGGGCAGGGGCCACACCUGGACUGGGGAGAGUCACCCUGUCUCUAUCCCUUCCCAGCUGCCACCUCCACAAGCUCACAGGUCACUGGCCAGAGGCACAGCCUGCCAAGCUGUCCUCCCACCAGCCACCAUCAAGGCAGGACCAUGGCAAGCCAAACGCUCUUCAGAACCUUUUCCUCAAACCCCAAACCAAACGGCAGCUGCAUCUCCCAGCCUGAGAUCACAGCCAGGACAGGACAGCCGUGAGGGAGCCUAAGGCCCGGCCGGAGGAUGGCCUGAUGGGUUAGCAGAACCAACGUGACCUCUUUGGGAAGAGGCUCGUGACGCAUGCCCCUCAGCCUUUCCCACCCCUCCUCUCACUGCUCCUGGUCCCAGCCAGCCUCGGACCCAGGAAGCCUUCCUCUGAGAGGGCCUCCCAGUCCCCAACAGAGCCUGGCUCUGUGCUAUGGCUGUGCACCCGGAGGGCUCCUUCCAGGCCAGUCCUCUGACCUGAACGAGGCAGAGACCAGCAUCUCCCACAGCGUUCAAGGAGUGGGUGUUGGGAGGGGCCAGCUGGACACCCCCAAGCCCGUCUGCCUGCCAGGGCUGCCCCAGGACCUGGCCAGGGGUGAGGCUGCAGGACUAGAGGGGCCAGCCUCCCAGGAGGGCCCACGAGGCCCAGCCAGGUGGGGACAGGCCACACAGGCCCGAGAGGUUCAGUGAUGGGGGUGCUGGCGGAAGAGCCGGUGAGGGUGGGGGGUUCACCCAAAUGACACAGUGACAAGGAUCAAGAUGGACCUAAAGGGCUUCUAUUUGCCAGUUUUUCCAAAUAGAUCCUCAAGCUGACACCAAAGCCUGACUCCAGCAUCGACCCCCAUCCAUCCCAGCCAUGUGCGUGCCGGUCCAUCCGUCCUCGCGCCGGCGCCGCCUGGCCCCCAGUGACUGGUUCUUCUUUCUCAUCACUUUUUCUUCUGACCCAUCUGUCCAGUAUCCCAGAGAUGACUUUUCCCCACCCCCCGCCCUUCCCUCCACCCACCCCUCCACCCCCACGCGCCCUACAUGCGUGUCCUCUGUGUGUCCUCUGGCCACCCACGCAGCCGUCCCUCCAUCCCACCCCACCCUCUCCACCCACGGACCCCAGAGUGGCACCAGUUGCCCCCCCGUCGUGUGCCAGUGACAAGGGCUGCUCCUGCCAUGACCUCAGCUGUUGCCCUAAGGGAACCUGUUGGUGGGUGGCAGCCUCUCCCGUACCCCGCCCAGUCCAGGACUGCUCCAGACACCUCCAGGGGCAGAUAAAAUUGUGCUGCAGGUGCUGUGAGCAGGUGGGACCAGCACCUCGCAACAGCUCUGGCCAGUUGGGGCCACCUGGAGCUCGAGGUGGGUGGCCAGGGGCCAGGAGCACACACUGGGUGGCGGCCCACAUAUCUGCCCAGGGUCCCUGACCAGGGUGCCAGGGUGAGCACAUUCCCUGGCAGGGCCGCAACGCUGCGGGGCUGCCCUCUCCCACUCCUUGUUUCCAGGGAUCAAUGCCUGGAGGGGGUGUCCCCAGGAGAGGAGGGUGACCCCAUGCAGCCUCCCUGAGACCCCAGCACUCUUGGAGCCCCACUCCUCAGGGUGUACUCACAGGUGCCAGGCUCCCUUCCCCUUUCCUCCUUUCCUGGGGAUCCCAGAUGGCUCAGAGUUGGGUCCUUACAGCCUGAGACUGGGGACUUCUGGGAACAGACCUGCCUGGAUAAAUUUUGCCAGGAGUGGUGGGUGCUCCCAGGGUCCUCUGCAGUCUGCCUGCCCUGCAUCUCCGAGCCCCAGGGGCCUAUGUCCUCCCACACUGCCUUGCAAGCUCCCACACUGAGGGGCCACAACCCUGGAUGAUGAGUGUGCUGGCCGGAGAGGAAGACAGUGAGGAGAGGCGGGAGUCCAUGGGGCUGGCCUCUCAGAGGCCCGCCAGCUCCCGUGCACACUUCAGAGAUAAGGCCAGGGCGCUGCUGACAACCGCUGCUCUGUUUUCCCAAAGUUCUAGGAAACUCCAUUUUGGACACUUUCUGUUCUUUAUGUUUCAAUCCAGCCAAGCCCCAGAGUAGCUUCCCAAAGACCUCGAGGAAUGAGAACUCAGCGUCAGUACUCAGAGUGAAGCCUGCUUUUGAAAUACGUGAAUGACGGCAACAGGCCUCCCUUGUCCCCAUCUGCCAGGGCCGAGGGGGUCGGGCUGGUGAGGACCAGGACGGGGCAUAGCCACGUGCAGCCUGGUGGGGAGGGGACUUGCUCUCUACUUCCUCCUCUUUUUUUGACUCACCCAAAGGAGUUGGGUUGUUUCCUGUAGUUGUGAGAAGCCCAUGUCCCGGGUCUCCAGGCUGUGCAGGGCUGCGAGGUGGCCCCCGCCGCCCCGUCUGAUGUACUAUGGGUUUGGCCUGUAGACACCGUGAGAUGCAAUGGUCGGGUUAGCGCCGUGUCCGUGUAAUAAAGCGAAUGUUCGCUGUCACAUGGCUGUUCCUCUCCUUGGGUCCCAGGAGGCUUCGGCUGAGCCUCGUCUCACCCAUGAAUUCACUAAUUACCUGCUGGGGCUCCUCCGUGCCCAGCAGGGACGGGCCUACCCAUGGACCACACACGCUGCAGGGACAAACAGGCCAGCGUGUGACGUGGGGCUGGGCGAUGGGGAAGAGACAGGGUGGGAGCAC